UUCAAUCAGAUUAGCCUUUAGUAAUUAGGUAAUGCAGUCAUCAUGAACCUAAGCAGUUUUUGGAACUGUUUCUUCUUGCUCAGCAUAUUCAUUCAUCGAGCAUUCUUAAGUUCAGAUUAUUGUACCGACCAUGGAUACACUCCGGAAUAUGGAACCAGGAGUCCUCCUGCACAACAAGGACUUGCUUUCUUUUCUGGAUCAAUGAUUAGAUAUAAAUGUGAUGAAUAUUUCACAUUAACACCUGAUGUUCCUACACAAACUUGUAUGAAAGGACAGAAUGGUCAAAGGUUUUGGAUGCCUGAAAACCCACCAAGUUGUGUUGAAAUGACAAAAUGUCCAACGCCGAAGAUGGAACAUGCAUUUAUUUACAAAGAUGUAUUUCAUGAAGGAGACCAUUUGUAUCCAUAUUUCUCAUGUGAAAUGGGUUAUACUACUUUUAAAGAAAAUAACUCGGUUUGUUUGAGCAGCGGAAAAUGGACUACCUUGCCUGUUUGUGUUGGUAAAAACUGUACAAAUCCUCCGGAUAUUGAACAUGGGUCUUUCAGAUUUUAUUCUUAUUUGUUGAAUCCAAAUUUUGCCGAAGAAAUAUUUUCAAGUACAAACUCAUGGCCACCUGGGACUACAAUAUUCUAUACUUGUGACCAAGGAUAUGUUUUAGAAGUAGAUGGGUCUGUAACAGUACAAGAUCGAGUUUGUACAAAUGGUGAAUGGAGUGGAUCAGACCCACAGUGUGUUCGUGAAGGAUGUGAUCCACCUGCAGUUGGAAAUUACAUUCCUAAACAAAGUCAUUAUGAGGUUCACAACACAUUAACAUAUAUUUGUGAUGGCAAUGACCUUACCAGAACAUGUCAGCCAGAUCACACUUGGAGUGGAACACCUUGUCCUGAAGACUUAACUACGAAACAGAUGCCGCAUACAUCUCAUAAUGAUAAUAUAUAUUGCUCCACACCAUUACCUGUCAGCCAUGGAACUUUUAAAUGCUGCUCUGAUCCACAGCUGACAGAAACUCAUGCUACUCCAGAUCCAAAGUACUGUUGUCCUGUUCAUGGAUUAGUUGAAUUUGUUUGUGAUCCCGGGUUUCAAGUGAAAGGUGAAGCUACGCAAUGGAUUUGUGGAACUAACGGACAAUGGGUAUCCAUCGAUUCUCCUCAACUUGGAUCACCUUCACCUCCCACAUGUUACAGUAACAUGACUCGUCCUGAACCAAGUCCAUUGCCAGAUGAUAUGUUGAAACCGGUGAUAGGUACAGCUGCUGGUGUAUUGGUUAUAUUGUCUGCUGUAAUUCUUAUUGCUUUCUGUCGACCUAAAAUAAAGGAUAUGAAAAGAAGAUGGAGGGAACUUAGAGAAGAUGAAGAUGAACUAAUCAUAGAUGGUCGUCGAAUCAUAUUACCAAGUUACGAGGAGGCUGUAACCUCCCAUGAUUCUUAUAUGCAAAUAUCUGAACACGAACAAAGCACAUCCAGUGCAUACUACCAGCCUGAUAUUCCAGGUCCAUCUUACCCCCGUGAUACAAGGACAGACUCGGUUGAUGAUACUUCUUUGAUAUUACAUCCCCAUCCUAAUACAUCUAGGAGUCAUGCUCGAGACUCUUCCAGUUCAGAUGAGGAAUUGUUGGUUCCUGCAUCCACUGAGACUCUUUGUGAGAAUUUAGAAGAAUCUCGAGAACAAGUUUCAGAUUUGAAUAAUAGAUUAUCGCAAUCUCUAGUGAUAACUGCUGGAACCUCAGCUGAUUCUUUUGUGUUGAUCAACCAAACACCACAUAAUCCAUUAUCUGAAAAUUGUGACCUAAUCACAAACUUUGAUAAUACACACGGAGUGACUUCACGUAAAGAUUACCAAACUAGAGACCCAUUAUUGAAUUCUGUGCCUGGAGAAAACUUAUUCACAAAUUCCGCACGGUGCAAACAGAAUUCUGACUCGGAAAAUGAAGCGAAUUUUGAUUCUAUUCACCCUCAAACAAUCAUGAUUAAACAAAAUCGAAACCAAACCAGGUCAAAUUUUAAUGAUGGACAACACCACCUCCUUUCAUAUCCUCUGGUAAUAAAAGAUGAAAAUCAUGAUAUUCACAACCAAGGAGAAAGUAUUUCUAUCACCAUUGAUGCACAAAAUCUAUGUAACCAUGGUCCUGAUAAUCCAUCAACCCAAACUGUUACGGAAGAAUCUAAAUCUACUGAAACAAAGGACGAAGAGUCGUCAUCAACAUUACCAAAUUCCAAUCAUAUUGUUAUGUCAUCACAAAAUCUUGACAAACAACGCCUUGAUAUUUCUGAUGAAACUGGAUCAACUGCUGUUUAAGGAAGUGGAAAGAUUGCCUUAUAGAAGUAUAUUGUGCUAACCAACCACUAGUUAUAUUUUGUGUAAAAAACACUAGCUUCGAUUUUGCUUUUUUGUAUUCCUAGCAAUUUAAUACAUUUGGUUAUGUUAGGUAAUUUCAAGAAAUUAGUAUAUCAAUGUAUAUUUAGGUUAUUGUUACAUUGCUUAUUUGAAUAUGACUAAGAUAAUCCUUAUAGUACUGAACUACUAAUACUGAAAGGAUUUAUUCUUAUUUAGCUAAAUUGCCUUUCAAGCACUUUUUUUUUUGGUUUCUGUCCCACAACAAAACUUUAGCAUUUUUUGUUAUGAUAUAAGUGCUCAAAUCUGCUGUAGAUUGUUUUAUUUUAUGUCUCAAAUAGAUCGUGAUGUAUUCCAUUGUUACAUCAAAAUAGUAGCAUUGAUUUAUAAUUCUUUUUACAUACCUAUAUUUUAUCUCCCAAAUCCUGAAUGUGUAAAUUUCAUGAGAUAUGUUUGGAAAUGGUUUUUGAUUGUAUGGUAAUGCGUGAUCAAUUUAUAGUACUGUUAUAGGUCUUAUUAAAACUUCCAGCACAAUAAAUAUAGACCUUAGGUUGCUUUAAACAUAUUGUAACUAAAAUACAAGCCAGCCUGGAAUCUUGAUAUCAAUAUUCAGAAAUUGUAUUUAGAAUGAAAUUAGAACUAUUUAAGAUUUUGUGUAAUCAAAUUUACUGUUGUUCUCUGUCGUUGAGUAAGGAACCUUCCUUUCAGCUAACUUUUUCUCCUGUAGGGUUCAAAAAAUAAGGUUUGUUUUUUCUUAAUUGAAUUCUUUGUGUAUGACAAAUGAUUUGUUUUCGUAAUUCAUACCUUGUUCAUAAAAGAACUUAUGUUUUUGCCUUUGCUUGACCAUUACUUCCUCAUGAUGGCUACUUUCUAUGAACUUGAACUUCGAUUGAUAUUGAUUUUGUGAGAUUAUCAUUUGCAGUAAUAUUGUCCUGUUUCAUGUUUGUUGCUGUGUUGUACUUAAUUAUCAUGUUCCCAUAUUUCCUUUAUUUUAAUUUUUUGAUGGUGUUAAAUCCUGACUGUCUUCUUUGCAUGCAGCUUAAAAAUUGCCUCUUCACAAAAUGCCCGAACGCGCCUCGAAGCCUAGUUGGUAAUAUUAGUAGCUGUGCUGAAAUUUAUAUGGUGUUUUUCUGGCUAGCCCAUUCGAUUUUAAAAGAAUGCUGCGUAUAAACGUCUGAAUAGCAUCAAUAUGACGUUUGAUCAGCAAUUUCCCCUAAGCAUUUUUUUAACAAUGAAUAUCUCUUCUUGCUACUGUUCAUCUCCCUUUACUCUUGUUGAGUUUUAUGUUCCGUAUAUAUAUACCGGUCUCCACGCAUUAUUUGUUGCUGUAUUAUUUUUAUUCACUGUGAUGUGUUGAUUUUGUUUUGUAGUGGAUUGACCAAUUUGUUAUUCUAAUUUGAUUUUAUAUCUGUAUUUUACUGUCGUAUCGCAUGCACGAUUUAUUUACUAAUGCUCUGUCGAAUAAAAUUUGUCAGAAUGCAAAGCUA